UAACAGACCACUAUUCAUAAGGUGGUCUAUCUAUCUAUCUAUCUAUCUACCCAUCAUACAUAUAUAUAUAUAUACUUAUGUUUAGAAUUCAGAAGAGUUUCACUUGGAGAUUAUACUGGAAUUCUAAUGAAAAAAUAAGAAAAAACUUUAUUUACUAUGGAAAUGUCUAUUAAUUCUUAUGGUAAACGUAAUUGGACUGAUCAAGAUUAUUUAUUAUCUAAUUAUACUCAACAUUAUAAUGAUAAACAAAAUCAUUUAUCCUAUUGUAUAACAGAUACAUUUAAUCAAUGUUCAACAUUACAUGAUAGUAACAGUACUAAUAAUAUGGAUCAUGUAACGACAACGACAACAUCCUCAUCGUUGUCAUCGUCAACGUUGUCAUUAUCAUGUCAAUAUCAACCACCAAUCAAACGUGUAGCUAAUGAACGUGAACGUACACGUACAGCUAGUGUUAAUGAUGCAUUUCUUAUGUUACGUAAUUUAAUACCAACACAACCAAUUAAUCGUAAAUUAUCUAAAAUUGAAACAUUACGUUUAGCAUCAUCCUAUAUAUCUCAUUUACAUGCUAUAUUAGUAACUGGUUCAGGUCCCGCUGAUCAACCAUGUUUAAAACAUCAACAAAUUUAUCAUUUAAAUACUACUAAUACUACUAAUAAUGAUCAUAAUAGCAGUAGUAAUGAUAAUCUUGAUAAGAAUCAACUAAUUUUUAAUUAUAAUAAACCAUAUAGAUCAGUAUGUACAUUUUGUGUUACUGAAAUGAAACAACAUCAACGUAUUCUAAAUAAAGAAACAAUUUUAUUAUCGAAUGGACAAUAAAAUGAUGUAUAGUUUAUUUUAAUGGUGGGGGUUAUUGUUGUUGAUAUGGUGGUGGUGGUGGUGUUAUUGUUGCUGUGGUGGUGAUGUUGUUUUGUUUUUCUUUUCUUUUUUUCUUUUUUUUUCCUUCAAAUUGUGGAUUCAUUAAUACAUGUAAACAUUGUAAUGUUUAAAUGAACAAAUAAAUAAACAUUGAAGAUAUUGAAGAUUAAAACAAAAAAAAAGAGAUUUCUUUAUUGAAUGGAAUCAUAUUUAAACAAUGAACGAAUGAAUGAAUGAUAUUUAUGUGGAAUAUGAUAUUGAAUCGAAUGAAUACUACUUAUGAAGGUAUUAGUAGUAGUAGUAGUACUAGUAGUACAGAAUAGAAUACUAAUUAAAUAUGGCAAUUAAUAUUUGUUAGAACAUGAUGGUUGAAAUUAUGAAUCAAUUGAAGCUAGACCAGUAUGGAAAAUCUGGAAGUACUGGAUGGAUGUUUCAUCCUAGCGCUUGAGUGUGAGACGGAUAGAUCUUGGGUUCGAAUCUCGUGAGGUGGGAUCGUGGAUGAACAUUGGUGAGAAGUCGGAUAAUAGAACGAAACGGCAGUUUAGUUGCUUCCAGGUUUUCCAUGAUGGUCUAGCUUCAAUUGAUU